AUGGUUCCCGCAUUGAGAAAGAUUCUUAUCAUCAACCCAAACUCGACGAGGUCCAUGACGAAUGCGCUCAAACCGCUAGUCGACUCUCUGGGCUACUCUUCGACACAACACACAUAUUUCACGGCACCUUCGGGACCGGCAUCCAUCAACAAUGAAGACGAUGCGGCAGAAUCGGCAAGGCACUGUCUAGAGCCUUUGCUUCCGCUACUCGAGACACACGACGCUUUUCUCGUUUGCUGUUACUCGGCUCAUCCUCUGGUUGGACAACUCAAGGCCCGACCAGAAAUUGCUGGUCGUCGCAAGCCGGUGACUGGUAUCUUUGAGGCAUCGGUCAGCAGCAGCUUGCAAGCCAUCGCACCUGGUGAGCGAUUCGGCAUCGUUAGCACAGGCAAAGUGUGGGAAGCGACUUUGCGCGAGGCUGUGGACAACUAUCUAGGUGUCGAGGACAACACUGAGGGAAGUGCGGCAUUCGCUGGAGUGCAGACGACGGGGCUGAAUGCUUCAGAGCUGCACGAGAUAUCGCCGGUCUCGGUACGCAGCCGUAUGAAGAAGGCGGUGGCAAGACUUUUGACCGAUGACGCAGGAGGUCCUGUUGGAGCGGUAUGUCUUGGUUGUGCAGGUAUGGCAGGGUUUGAUGACAUGGUUAGAGAAGCAGCCAUCGAGACAUUGGGUCACGGUCAAGGGUCAAAGGUGCGCAUCGUCGACGGUGUUGUGGCUGGCGUGACAUGGUUGGAAGGAGCCCUGCGAUCAGGAAUGUAG